AUGCCCACCAUCUCUCCCGGCCAGCUUGCCUUUUCCGCACUGCGGUACCUGCCUAUGCCGGUAUUGGUGCUGAACAGCCUCGAGACCGUCGUUCUCGCCAACGAAGCAAUGGGUAGGAUGCUGGGCAUCAUUGCCGACGAUCUUGACCACGAUAACGCGGCCGCCAUUAUCGACCACCUCCGCGAACAAACUCUGGGCCCCUCGCCCAGUCGGACCAAGCAAGACGUCGUCGUCGACGUCGUCAUCAGCCACAAGGAUAUAGGGAAAGCGACGUUUGACAGCAGGUAUAAGGCCAAGGAACCCAAGUACUAG